GAGAGUCAGUUGACUGCAGAUCCUCCUAGGGCCAGAAGGGUCUUUGGGGAGGCCUAGUUCCAGAGAUUCCCUCCCUCCAGAAGAGCCACCUGCCCACCCCGUCCCUUCACCUGCUGCUGGGACCAUGGGGGCUGGUGCCAGCGCUGAGGAGAAGCACUCCAGGGAGCUGGAAAAGAAGCUGAAAGAGGAUGCAGAAAAGGAUGCUCGAACCGUGAAACUGCUGCUUCUGGGUGCCGGUGAGUCCGGGAAGAGCACCAUCGUCAAGCAGAUGAAGAUUAUCCAUCAGGACGGGUACUCGCUGGAAGAGUGCCUCGAGUUCAUCGCCAUCAUCUACGGCAACACGCUGCAGUCCAUCCUGGCCAUCGUGCGCCUGCGUUCUCGUGUCAAGACCACGGGCAUCAUCGAGACACAGUUCUCCUUCAAGGACCUCAACUUCCGGAUGUUCGACGUGGGCGGGCAGCGCUCCGAGCGCAAGAAGUGGAUCCACUGCUUUGAGGGCGUGACCUGCAUCAUCUUCAUCGCCGCGCUGAGCGCCUACGACAUGGUGCUGGUAGAGGACGACGAGGUGAACCGCAUGCACGAGAGCCUGCACCUGUUCAACAGUAUCUGCAACCACCGCUACUUCGCCACUACGUCCAUCGUGCUCUUUCUCAACAAGAAGGACGUUUUCACGGAGAAGAUAAAAAAGGCACACCUCAGCAUCUGCUUCCCGGACUAUGACGGGCCCAACACGUACGACGAUGCCGGCAACUACAUCAAGGUGCAGUUCCUGGAGCUCAACAUGCGACGCGACGUGAAGGAGAUCUAUUCCCACAUGACGUGCGCCACCGACACGCAGAACGUCAAAUUUGUCUUCGACGCUGUCACCGACAUCAUCAUCAAAGAGAACCUCAAAGACUGCGGCCUCUUCUGAGGUGCCUCAAUUCAUGCGUGUCCAUUGCCCUCAGACCCUGUAGCCCUAGCUGCCUUGUAGCUCCAGCCCCCAGGAUCCUAUCAGCCCCCCAGGACUCCUGGGCUCAAGCCUGCUGCCUCACCAACCCCAGACCCAAAUCCCUGAGCUCUGCUAAUCUUGAGGUGCAGACCCUUCCCCAUACUCUCCACAGCCUCCCAGAGCCCCAUGUCCCUAAACCCAGCCCUGCCCUUUACUGCCUGGCUGCACUGGCCUCUAGGACUCACAGCAGCCAGCCCCAGCUAGGAACGGGCAGGACUUGGGGCAGCUGAAGCUCACGGUGACUCAGCACUGUGCCCGGCUGACCAAUCUCCAGCAACUCUCCUGCCCCCGGAGGCCCACAACUCACCUGGGGGGUCUGGGCUCAGCAAACAGCCCUCCCUCCCAGAGGUUCAUGAAGGCCAGUGGCUAUCCCUCCACAUGCAGGCCUGCUGCUCACCCCAUCCAGCCUUGCCACCUCCAUGUGACAGCUCUGACACCUGUCUACCCAGUGGCCAGUAUCUGUCCCUCCCAGCAGCUUCAGGGCUCCAAAGUCCAAGUUAGCUCUGGCUUAUACAACCCCCACAUCGAUAAAUUAGUAAUGGGGAGCAGACCUGGGGGUCCCUGGAUGCCAGGGUAAGACACAAGUGGGACCCUUCCCCAAA